AUGGCUAUAAAGAAGUCACCACUCUCACUGGAUUCCAGUGAGAGUGACUCUGAGGAGCUGCCAACAUUUGCCUUUCUGAAAAAGAAACUGUCUUCAAUAAAGAGGAGGCAGCCUCAGGAGGAUGAGAAGAUUGUAGUGGUUGACAUCUCAGAUUCUGAGGCCUCCUGUCCAUCACCAAAAUGGAAAGAACCACCACCCAUUCCAGAGGCAGCUGAAACUGUCAUACAAACAGAGCCAGUCAGGGUGCUAAGCAGUGGAAGUGAGAAUGAGGAGGAAUUUAUGCCCCUGGCUGAGAGGCUUAUUUGUAAGUUUUUGACUCACAAACAGCUGAGCCCUGAAAAAUCCAGCUCCCCAUUUGAAAGGGUUUUGGAUCAAAAUAAUGAAGGAGCAUCACAUGACUGGCAAAAACAGCUGUUUACAAAGAUCCGUGAUAUUCCCCUCUGUGGUACCUCAGAGAGGCAUGCAUCAAAUAACAAGGACCCUGUGGUUGACAAUCCAUGCCAUCAGCUGCCAGCCUACCAAACUACCUGCUCUGUCCAGAGCAACAGCUUGACAAUAACCAAAACAAAUGCUGAGGCGCCCCUGCCUCAGAAGAGACGCAAGUAUAGUCAGAAGGUCCAGAAGAGAAGCACACAGGGAUGGCAGCAGUGGGGACGAGCAAGCCAGAAGGAAAGCACCCAGAGGCAACAGGAAAGGAAGAAGAAGGUAGCCCUGGCUAACAGGCUGAAAGCUCAGAGGCCAGAGGAGUGCUUAAAGCACAUCGUUGUGCUGCUGGAUCCAGUGCUCUUGCAGACGGAAGGUGGGGGUCAGCUCCUUGGAGCCCUGCAGUCCAUGGAUUGCUGCUGUGUGAUUGAGGCGCAGGCUGUGCCUUGCAGCCUCACGUGGAGGAGAAGGGCUGGGCCCUCUGAGGAUGGCGAGGAGGGCUGGGUGGAAGAGCCCAUGGUUCUGGUGCUGCUUCUGGCAAAGGUGUUUAUGUCUAUGAUCUACCACUUCAAGCAGGGACGUCUGGGCAGCACUGAGGAAGGGAAGGAAACACUUCGGAGCUUUGUGACUGAUAUCACAGCAAGGACAGCUGGGAAAGAUCUGUCACUGGUGAUUGUGGAUCCAGAGAAGUGCUUCAGUGCUCCGAAUCCUCUAAGAAGGAAACAGAGAGUGGCAAAUAGAGGACAGGCCAAGGAGAAGCAGCAGCAGCAGAAACAACCAGAGGCCAACACGGUGGCCAUGGUGACCAGGGUAGAUAUAGAAGAGGCACUGGUAGAUCUGCAGCUGCACACAGAAGCCCAGGCUCGAAUUGUGCAGAGCUGGAAAGAGCUGGCUGACUUGGCAUGCGCGUUCACGAAGGCCGUGGCCGAAGCACCCUUCAAGAAGCUCCGAGAUCAAACUAGUUUCUCCUUCUGCCUGGAGAAUGACUGGGCUGGAGGGGCCAAGGUGGACCGCUCUGGCAGGGGGCUUGCACUGGUCUGGAGGAGACAGAUUCAGCAGCUGAACCGGGUCAGCCUGGAGAUGGCCAGUGCCAUUGUGGAUGCCUAUCCCUCCCCACAGCUCCUGAUCCAGGCUUAUAAGCAGUGUUUUUCUGAGGAAGAACGCCAGAACUUGCUCGCAAACUUACAGGUGCGCCGUGGGGAAGGCGUGACAGCCACCUCGCGCCGUGUUGGACCAGAGCUGUCCAGGCGUAUCUACCUUCAGAUGACAGCUUUGCAGCCAGAUCUCUCCUUAGACAGUGCAGACUGA